GCUCUUUUCAGGUUCUUACUUUCCUCAUAGAUUCCUCACGCUUUCGCUACCCCGAAAGAGCCAUAGUCUUUUUAGCGGUUUGUUAUUUGGUGGUGGGUUGUGCUUAUGUAGCCGGUUUAGGAGCUGGUGAUUCAGUAUCCUGUCGCGAACCAUUUCCACCACCAGUUAGACUGGGUAGAUUACAAAUGAUGUCCACUAUAACACAAGGUCAUCGUCAGUCAACCGCCUGUACCGUACUCUUCAUGGCUUUAUAUUUUUGCUGUAUGGCUGCCUUUGCCUGGUGGUCAUGUUUGGCAUUUGCUUGGUUUUUGGCUGCUGGUCUCAAAUGGGGUCACGAAGCCAUUGAAAAUAAAUCACAUCUAUUUCAUCUUGUAGCCUGGGCUAUACCAGCUCUGCAAACGAUUUCGGUUUUGGCAUUAGCUAAAGUUGAAGGUGAGUAAUAAUUAUAAGAAAUAACAGAAGACAAAAGAAACAACAUCUUUAAAUAGUAAAACUAUAAAUUUUCAACUGACACUUAAGCCACACACCAGGGUUAAAAGGAAAAAAAAAAAGAAUACAAAAAAUAAUUUAACACUUUUUUCCACUACCACCAACUAGUCUUUUUUUACAUAUGAACUAUUACUGCAACAACUACUUACUAGUUGGAGGAACGUAUAGUGUUUUGCUUUUAGUUAGUUUACGGCUAAACUACAAAAAUAGUUGCUGUAAACGUGACUAGAAUUUGUUAAAUUCUCACGUCUUUUUGUAUUUGUUUUGUUUAGUUUUCAUUGAAAAACAAAAAUAUAAAAAAUAACUAAAGGAAAUUAAGGGAAAUGUGUUUAAAUAAAAGGGGUUAACAUGAUAAAAA